AUGUCGGGAAACUAUGAGAUGGCGGGAAACUAUGAGAUGGCGGGAAACUAUGAGAUGUCGGGAAACUAUGAGAUGGCGAGAAACUAUGAGAUGGCGGGAAACUAUGAGAUGGCGGGAAACUAUGAGAUGGCGGGAAACUAUGAGAUGGCGAGAAACUAUGAGAUGGCGGGAAACUAUGAGAUGGCGAGAAACUAUGAGAUGUCGGGAAACUAUGAGAUGUCGGGAAACUAUGAGAUGGCGAGAAACUAUGAGAUGGAGGGAAACUAUGAGAUGGAGGGAAACUAUGAGAUGGAGGGAAAUUAUGAGAUGGAGAGAAACUAUGAGAUGGAGGGAAACUAUGAGAUGUCGGGAAACUAUGAGAUGUCGAGAAACUAUGAGAUGGAGGGAAACUAUGAGAUGUCGGGAAACUAUGAGAUGGCGAGAAACUAUGAGAUGGAGGGAAACUAUGAGAUGGAGGGAAACUAUGAGAUGGAGAGAAACUAUGAGAUGUCGGGAAACUAUGAGAUGUCGAGAAACUAUGAGAUGGAGGGAAACUAUGAGAUGUCGGGAAACUAUGAGAUGGCGAGAAACUAUGAGAUGGAGGGAAACUAUGAGAUGGAGGGAAACUAUGAGAUGGAGGGAAACUAUGAGAUGGAGAGAAACUAUGAGAUGGAGGGAAACUAUGAGAUGUCGGGAAACUAUGAGAUGUCGAGAAACUAUGAGAUGGAGGGAAACUAUGAGAUGGCGAGAAACUAUAAGAUGUCGGGAAACUAUGAGAUGGCGAGAAACUAUGAGAUGUCCGGAAACUAUGAGAUGUCGGGAAACUAUGAGAUGUCGGGAAACUAUGAGAUGUCGGGAAACUAUGAGAUGUCGGGAAACUAUGAGAUGUCGAGAAACUAUGAGAUGGAGGGAAACUAUGAGAUGUCGGGAAACUAUGAGAUGGCGAGAAACUAUGAGAUGUCGGGAAACUAUGAGAUGUCGGGAAACUAUGAGAUGGCGAGAAACUAUGAGAUGGAGGGAAACUAUGAGAUGGAGGGAAACUAUGAGAUGGAGGGAAACUAUGAGAUGGAGAGAAACUAUGAGAUGGAGGGAAACUAUGAGAUGUCGGGAAACUAUGAGAUGGAGAGAAACUAUGAGAUGGCGAGAAACUAUGAGAUGGAGGGAAACUAUGAGAUGUCGGGAAACUAUGAGAUGUCGAGAAACUAUGAGAUGGAGGGAAACUAUGAGAUGUCGGGAAACUAUGAGAUGUCGGGAAACUAUGAGAUGUCGAGAAACUAUGAGAUGGAGGGAAACUAUGAGAUGGAGGGAAACUAUGAGAUGGAGGGAAACUAUGAGAUGGAGAGAAACUAUGAGAUGGAGGGAAACUAUAAGAUGGAGGGAAACUAUGAGAUGGAGAGAAACUAUGAGAUGGCGGGAAACUAUGAGAUGGCGAGAAACUAUGAGAUGGCGAGAAACUAUGAGAUGUCGGGAAACUAUGAGAUGGCGAGAAACUAUGAGAUGGAGGGAAACUAUGAGAUGGCGAGAAACUAUGAGAUGGAGGGAAACUAUGAGAUGGCGAAAAACUAUGAGAUGGCGAGAAACUAUGAGAUGGCGAGAAACUAUGAGAUGGCGAGAAACUAUGAGAUGGCGAGAAACUAUGAGAUGGCGAGAAAUUAUGAGAUGGAGAGAAACUAUGAGAAGUCGGGAAACUAUGAGAAGUCGGGAAAUUAUGAGAUGGCGAGAAACUAUGAGAUGGCGAGAAACUAUGAGAUGGCGAGAAACUAUGAGAUGGAGGGAAACUAUGAGAUGGCGAGAAACUAUGAGAUGGAGGGAAACUAUGAGAAGUCGGGAAACUAUGAGAAGUCGGGAAACUAUGAGAAGUCGGGAAACUAUGAGAAGUCGGGAAAUUAUGAGAAGUCGGGAAACUAUGAGAAGUCGGGAAACUAUGAGAUGGCGAGAAAUUAUGAGAUGGAGAGAAACUAUGAGAUGUCGGGAAACUAUGAGAAGUCGGGAAAUUAUGAGAAGUCGGGAAACUAUGAGAAGUCGGGAAACUAUGAGAAGUCGGGAAAUUAUGAGAUGGAGAGAAACUAUGAGAAGUCGGGAAACUAUGAGAUGGCGAGAAAUUAUGAGAUGGAGAGAAACUAUGAGAUGUCGGGAAACUAUGAGAAGUCGGGAAAUUAUGAGAAGUCGGGAAACUAUGAGAAGUCGGGAAACUAUGAGAAGUCGGGAAAUUAUGAGAUGGAGAGAAACUAUGAGAAGUCGGGAAACUAUGAGAAGUCGGGAAAUUAUGAGAAGUCGGGAAACUAUGAGAUGGAGAGAAACUAUGAGAAGUCGGGAAAUUAUGAGAUGGAGAGAAACUAUGAGAAGUCGGGAAACUAUGAGAUGGAGAGAAACUAUGAGAAGUCGGGAAACUAUGAGAUGGAGAGAAACUAUGAGAAGUCGGGAAACUAUGAGAUGGAGAGAAACUAUGAGAAUUCGGGAAACUAUGAGAUGGAGAGAAACUAUGAGAAGUCGGGAAAUUAUGAGAAGUCGGGAAAUUAUGAGAAGUCGGGAAACUAUGAGAAGUCGGGAAACUAUGAGAAGUCGGGAAAUUAUGAGAUGGAGAGAAACUAUGAGAAGUCGGGAAACUAUGAGAAGUCGGGAAAUUAUGAGAAGUCGGGAAACUAUGAGAUGGAGAGAAACUAUGAGAAGUCGGGAAACUAUGAGAUGGAGAGAAACUAUGAGAAGUCGGGAAAUUAUGAGAUGGAGAGAAACUAUGAGAAGUCGGGAAACUAUGAGAUGGAGAGAAACUAUGAGAAGUCGGGAAACUAUGAGAAGUCGGGAAAUUAUGAGAUGGAGAGAAACUAUGAGAAGUCGGGAAACUAUGAGAUGGAGAGAAACUAUGAGAAGUCGGGAAAUUAUGAGAAGUCGGGAAACUAUGAGAUGGAGAGAAACUAUGAGAAGUCGGAAAAUUAUGAGAUGGAGAGAAACUAUGAGAAGUCGGGAAACUAUGAGAUGGAGAGAAACUAUGAGAAGUCGGGAAACUAUGAGAUGGAGAGAAACUAUGAGAAGUCGGGAAACUAUGAGAUGGAGAGAAACUAUGAGAAGUCGGGAAAUUAUGAGAUGGAGAGAAACUAUGAGAAGUCGGGAAACUAUGAGAAAUCGGGAAAUUAUGAGAAGUCGGGAAACUAUGAGAUGGCGAGAAACUAUGAGAAGUCGGGAAACUAUGAGAAGUCGGGAAACUAUGAGAACCAUGUGAAUGAAUGGGAGCGGACAUUUGUUUUUCAGGUUGAUGUCCUGCACUACAUGGUAUUAUCUAGUUAG